GAAACUGUCAUGGCGGCGUUGUGUUUAGUUUGUGCUAGCUGCUAACUUUAUAAUUUCCUUUUCCAUUGAAUUUAUGCUUCUUAUUACUUGUAUUCACACGUAUUAUUAUUGCAAUCACAUCUAAUUAGAAUAGUGUUAUCUAUGUUUUGUAAAUAGCAGCUGUUUUCGCUUCCGAACCAGCUCUGUCAGCUUGUGUUAGCUAGCUAGCUAACGGUAGCUAUUUGUGCACAGCCGGCUAGCUAGAUAGUGUCGCAGUGCAGUUUCCAGUCAUUAAGACAGUUUUGAUGGUAGGGGAGAAGCCGUCGUUGGCUCAGUCAAAUGCCAAAAUCAUAUCUAAAGGAAGCUGCUCCUGUCCUAGAGGUCUCAACGGAGCAUGUUCAGUCCACGAGUACGUGGGCACCUCAGGCCCGAGCGUGCGCUUUAAGAUGAUGUCAGUGUGUAUUUCAUAGAGAUGGAGGGGAUUUCAGUAUAAAUGCAAGCCAAGCUCUCCUCCAUUCACAACUUCCAUAACUUGACUGAGCUGUCCAUCCAGACUCUUGAAGAAACUGAAGAAGCAGUAUCCAUGAUCAACACAAUGACAUCAACGGUCCUCAUCAGCUUCCUGGCCUGUCUGCUCCUGGUCAAUGUUGAAGGCCAGGUGGGUCAUUCUAAAGCUCGGUGCCUGUGUCUAAAUGGAAUGGUGAACCGUGUUAAACCUCUUCUCAUUGAGAAGCUUGAAGUGUACGCCUCCAGCCACUCCUGCCAGCACAUGGAGAUCAUUGUCACUCUGAAGAACGGAAAAGGGAAAAAGUGUCUGAAUCCAGAGGCCCCGAUUGUCAAGAAAAUAAUUGAGAAAUGGAUGAAAAACCAAAGGAGUGUGCAGUAAAAGUAACGACAACAGUUCAGUUGAGAACUUGAUGGAGAGAGAGAGAGCUAUUCCUGAGGAAUGCACUGAAAACUGCCUGAAGACUGCCUGAAUAUAUGUUUACACUGUUGAAUGGUACUUAGAAAGUCGUUUUUUAAAUUGACAAAAUGAGUAUCUGUUACACAAUGUGACUUACUAGUUGAGAGACAUUUCUAGUAUUUCCAAUGGAAAAUAUAAAAAGCAUUUCAAUAUGUAAACAUAUUUUUUUAUUAUGCAAUGUCAACAAUUAAAAUGUUUAAUAUUUUGUUUGGUUAUCAAAUUUGUCCAUGGGAAAUGAAAAUGAACAUUUGUGUAAAAACUGUAUAUUUUUUAUGUAUUGUUUACGUUUUCUAUCAAAUCAAUAAAGAAGCAUUUGACUUUA